GACGCGGGUCCCCAAAGCAACACUGCUGUGUGCGGGAGGGGGGUGAAGCUGUCGGGGGCUGGCACCCGAGGGAUCGCGUCCCCUCCCCGACCCCUGUCCCGGAGCUGCCCUCCAGCUGGAGCCCGUCAUGGGCUCCUUCGGUUUGCCUUUCUCUGGCAACUUUAAUCCCUAAACCAAGCCUAAAACCCUGGGGCGAGGGGCGAAGGCUGCUAGAUGAGGAUGAAUGGGUGAGAAGAAACUCUGUAAUUGAAUCCAGCUUGGGAAAAGAGGUGCACCUGGCAACUUGUUUUGUUUGGGUUUUGGUUUUGAAUUAGGGUAGUUUUUCUGUUUUCCUCUGCUGGGCUUUCAGAUGGUCUGAGUGGUAAAAGGGAAGUGAGGGAGUUAACUGCACCCAACGAACUUCAGACAAAUGAGUUCAUCCGGAGACGCAAUAUGUAAUAUUUCCUUUUAGGGUUUCAUUUAUUGUUAGGGACUAACUUGCUUUUUGAGUGAAGCAAAUACAGUGAGUAACAAUCUCCCCUAAUUAGUCAGUCUGUAGUAACAUCUUGGACCUGAAAUGAGGGGAAUCCAAGAAGUGGGAAAGAGGGGAAGGCAAUGCUGGGACUCGUGAGCUUGCAAACUUUGACACCGCGCUCCCCGGCAGCUCUUGCGCCGGCAGCGAGCACUCGCAGUGAACCUGAGGCAGUACAGAGGAACAAAUCAGUUUCAUAAGAAUUGUCAAAAUGCAGGCAGCAGUAAGUGGGGAAAAGGCAAGACUAAGGCUUUUCCCUCUUCACUCCAUGCUUAUUGUGCAAGAAAGAACAGAUACAGAAAAAUGUGAAAAUCUGAAUGUACUACUUUGUGCCAUAUUUAGCCCUUGCUCGUAGAUGUGCUUUUACAUUUAUUACACAGGGAUAUUUGCCAAAAUAUGCUUUUUGUUUGUGUUCCUUCACGGAAGGAGGCUUUGCAAAGUGGUAACAAUUUAGUGUGCCACAACUUCCCUUCAGAGUUGCAAACCUGCCACCGGUACUGCUGACAGAUAAUUCAUCAGUAAUGACAAAAAAGUUUAUUGACAGAAAAAUAUCUCAAGGGUGGGUCUCAUCCAGAUCUGUCAGGGGUGUAUUAGUUUUUGUUGUGGUUUUUUUUUUCUUUCUAAAAAAGUUGGUGUGAAAUAGAAUGCACUUAGAAGUAAGGCAAUGCAUUACAGAUACCAGGAAGGAGGGAUUCAAAUUUUCUCAGAUACGUAAGAGAAGUAGUCCUACAUAACAAGUCAAAAUGUCAGGAAAAUAAGGAUAAGGACUUUUAGAAUUAUGGUGAAAUAAAAAAAUAAAUGCAAAUAAAUUAUAUGCUUCUCUUCCUUAAGAAGAAAAAAAGGCAAAUAAUCUGGCAUGCAUCAGCAGACAACAUUAGCACCUCUAGAAUAAAAGAGGUGCAUAGAGGUGUAUGUUUGUGUAUUUUACUGCAGAUUAUUUUUUUAACUUGGUGAGGCCUCCGAGAAUCUUGAGUACAGGAAGUCUUACAGAUGCAGACAAACAGGCAGAAGCCCACAGAGAAGUGACAAGCCUGAUAAGGGAUGAGGGAAAUGGUCUGUGAAGGAGGACUGGAUGAGUUAGGCUUGUUUAUCUAGAAAAGAGAAAACCAGAGGCAAAGUGCUGAGCAUUUCAAAUCCUUAUUUUUACAAAAGUCUUGUUAGUGAGACUACUCUUCCAAAUGUCAAUGUUUUCUUUUUUUUGUGAGAGCAUUCAAUCAUGACUUUCUAUAAAGAGAUUGAUGAAUAGUUGGAUCUCCACCUCCAACAAAGGACAAGUGAAAAUCAAUGUAACUUGCUAUGCAAAAAAACCUUAGAGAUUAUUCAGAAGAACUUUCUUAACUCUUCAGGUAAUUAAUUGCUAGGACAGGCUACCAGAAAAACCCAACCCUGCAAAAUCCCCUUCACUGAAAGUUUUGAAGUUGGAUAAACACCUGUGAGGAAUGGUUGAGGUUUACUUCAUCUGGCUUCGCCGUAAAUGGUUUGACUAGGGAUCUACUGAAAUGUUCUCCAGCUCUACAUUUCAACAGAAGAGAAAGGAAGAAAUCAGUCCAAAGGGUUCCAUUACUUUUCAGUGCUUCUUCACUUACAGUUUUAUGCGUAGUCUGUGCCCUCCUGGAAUUCUCUCCUCAUUGGUGAUGAUCAUGUUGUUGGUACUGAUUAAGAGUAUUCAUUUUUAUGAUAGGAAACACCAGUAAACCUAAAGACAGAACUGCAGGCAGGAAAUGAAGCAGUCUCUGUCCAGAGCCUGCAAAAGGACACAGGACAAAGGGAAAGCAUGAAAAAUACAUUUUCCAUAGUUUCUCUCUCCAGCUUUAUCUUUUAUCUUCCUUUGCUCUUGUGACAAUAAUGUCCAACAUUUCUCAGCAGAUUUCCCCCUAUAUUUGAGAUUUUUUCCCACUGUUUUUUCUUAUCCAGGACUUAAGCAUGUUUGCAUGCAUUCUAGCUAAAAUGGCCGUAAUUUGGGGAAAGGGGAUUUCCCAUGAGCUUGACCUCUCCUUGUCUAAAAUCUGUACACAACCCACAUUCAUAAAGCAGCUGAUCAAGACUUGAAGAUGUAGGGCAGUGUGUCUCAAAUGUUCUCAAAUUAAUAAUCUUACAACUACAGCAUUGUUUCAAAAUCCUUAUGAAUAUAUGCUAUUAUCAUUUUUAUCUUGUCUUGUACUUAAGAAGGUCUGAAAAUGAUGCCAAACAGCUAAAAUUAUUAGUAUAUAGAAAAUUGUUUUUUAAUAGUGAUAAACGGUGAGAACUGUAAGGUUCUAUACUUAGUCUUAAUCCUUAACAUGACUGAAACAGACCAUAUAAUUUUGAACUCUUAUGUUAAAACUGUAUGUAGAGUUAGAAGUAUCCAUUUGUUUUGGCUCUACUUAGGUCAAAUUCAUCUCUGUCCCUGAAAUCAGCAAAAGUAGUAUGAACUUAAAAUCUUACAGUUAUAUGGUUGUUAAAUUUUUGGAAAUGUUGUUUUACUUCUACUGCUCAUUCUUUGACAUAUUGAAACAAACAACAAUACCCAGUACUCACUUUUUACCAGAGUAUGCAAAGCAUCAUCACUAGUAAACGUUUUCCUUUAUAAGUUGACAAUGGUCUUGCUAAUUGUGGAUACAUCAUCAUCAAGUUUAUGGUUGCCACUAAAUAGUUGCGGAUAACUGUUCAUAACUGAAAAUCUCAGGAUUUUUUAUUUGAUAAAGGACUUCAGUGCAUCUCAAAAUGUCACUUUCUAUAACAACAGUUAACAUGUUGAGUGGCAACUUUGUUUUGGGUUGGAUUUUGUUUGGGUUUUUGGUUUUUUUAAUGCAGAGAGUCACCUGCUUAUGUGAAGUGAAUGUUUAUUUUCUGCCUGAUGGUACUGGAUGCCAACUUGCAACUUUUAUCUAAAAUAUAUUGCAUCUCCAGGCAUGUCAGGCUGCUUGUAAAAAUUAAAGUGGAACCAACAAGCAGACAAAAGUUUGUUAAUCCACAGCAGCAAAAGAAUAAAAAUUAAUGUGGAAGGUAAAUAUGCACUACAGCUAAUUUUUCUUGAAAGAAUACCAUGAGGGUCAACCCUUGCAAUUUUAUAAUUGCUAAGAACAUCAAGAAGAGAAUCCAUCAUGCAGCAUUUACAUACAUAAGUGAAACUCCUAAAAAAAAGCUGAAUGCACAGUCUCUUCCGAAGCGGCAAAACCUUAAUACAGAAUUAUGAGUAUGUACUAGCCCAAGUUAAACAAACAGUUAUUUACAUGUGUGUUAUGCUAUAUUCCCUUGGGUAGUCUGGCUUCCUUCUGUGAAACUAUUCAUGCUAACAAGAGUUAAGCAUGUGUACUCACAGGAAGAGACACUGAGGUCUCAUAAAUAAAUCCCAUUAUGUAAUAUCUGAUAAAGUUGUUUUUACAUUAGUAUCAAGCUCAGAAAUAAGGAACACACAUCAGUGGGCCAGAUCUGAGUUCAGUGUCCUGUCACAACUAACUAGUGCUACAUACUUGGGAGAAAUUUAUAUGUAUACCAUAACGGGAGAUAUGGGAUCAUUUUUGCACACAGUAGCCUUGUAUCUCGUUAAAUCCUUGACUCCAAAGCCUUUCCAAGUUGGAAAAUUCCAUAAUCCACACUGAUUUGGGGUUUUUGUGGGUUUUUGUUUGUUUAAAAAAAAAAAAGAAAUCACUAAAAGAAACAAGAAACUUUCAUUUUAACAAUUCUAAAUUGGCCUCUUUCUCAUCUCUAAGAAGAUGUCCUCUUGACUUUCAGUUAUCAGACUGUGUAGACAUUCCAAACUUACUGUAUUUGUUCCAAUUGUCCACUUUGUCUGCUUUCUCAAAUAUUUUUGUUCGAGUUAUUCUUCAUACAAAGUUUUUCUAUUCUCCAUUCUUUUCCUCAGUCUUUCUAAAUUUGCAACAUUCAUUCCUAAAUGGAAUUUUCAUCGCCUUACACCACUUCAAAAUAAUCUGCAGUACUUGCAUAAUGACAUUAGAUUUUUUUUAUAUUAUUUCUGGCUUUUAAAUUUGUUGAGGCUGCAAAUUGAGCUGUCUAGUUAUUGUUCAGGUCCCUUUUCUGUGCACGUAUCAGUGCACUAAUCUGUGUGCUAGUUAAAAGGUUUUUUGCGAGGGUUAUUACUUGCAUUUGUCAACAUCAAAAUUCAUGUGAAACGUGCUUAUCUGCUUCUCGAAACUUCUCAGAACUGCCUCAUUCUGACUGAGAACUAGCAGACUCAGGAAGCAGGAGAAGUUUCGGUACGGUCUGAAUUGUUACUUGCAAGUUUAACCAAAACAACUGCUGAGGUGAAGCUCAGCUUAAGAGCCAUGUGAAAUUAACAACUCGGGUUCAGGUGGUGCCUGGGCCUGGUUUUCCUGCUGCCUCCUCGGCGCUGCCCGGCCACCCUGCCUGAGGUACAGGCGCAGCCUCUCACUGCGCCCAGAGAACUGGCUUUGGCUGUGUCUUUCUUGGUCUGUAACCACAGCUACCUAGGUUUCGGGUUUUCUUUUUUUCUCUUCUCAAACGCGAGGGGCUGUGGAGAGGUCUUGGGAAGUUGGACCCGCCGCAGUAAACAGCUCAGAGGGGAAGGGCCGCCGCGGCCUUCCCCCGCCCACCCCCCUUUCUCCUCCUGCCUCACGCAGGGGCUGUAGCGGGCGGACACGCCAAUGUACAGCCCUCUCCUGUCUCACGGCACAGGGAGGAUCGCGGCUGCUUCCUACUCCCCCGCAGAAGCUUUCCCUCUGGUGAUCUCCGUCCCUGCGCGGUCCCCCCGGGCGGCUGCUACCUCUUUUCCCCACCGACCCUCAGCGCCCUCCCCGCCCGCACCUCUGCGCAUGCGCCGGCUCCGCGGGCGAAGGCGCGCGGGCGCAUGCGUGCCGGGCGCAGAGGCGGCAAGGCAAGGGGGGAGGCGCGCGUCCGAGCGGUGCCUGUCCGGCCGGGCCGUGCGCAUGCGCCCGGCAGCCGGCGGAGUGAGCACGGAGGCGCCGUCCCGCCGCGUCUGAGGGAUCGGCCCGGGCUUCGCCGCGGGCCUAGCGCCGGUGUUCGGGAAAGGCCGCCCCAUCGUCCAUCGGCUGGGAGCGCACGCCUCCCGACGCUAGGCCUCCCGGGACAGGCCUGCUUAUCGCAGCCGCCGCGGCCGAGGGGAAGCCGGGGCGCAAGGAACCGCCAGGAUGAAGCUGGUAAGGAAGGACCUGGAGAAGGAUAAUGCCGGGCAGGUGACGCUGAUCCCCGAGGAACCCGAGGACAUGUGGCACACCUACAACCUGCUGCAGGUGGGUGACAGCUUGCGGGCCUCCACCAUCCGGAAGGUGCAGACCGAGUCGGCCACGGGCAGCGUGGGCAGCAACCGCAUCCGCACCACCCUCACCCUCUGCGUGGAGGCCAUCGACUUUGAUUCACAGGCCUGCCAGCUGCGGGUGAAGGGCACCAACAUCCAAGAGAACGAGUACGUGAAGAUGGGGGCCUACCACACCAUUGAGCUAGAGCCCAACCGGCAGUUCACACUGGCGAAGAAGCAGUGGGACAGCGUGGUGUUGGAGCGCAUCGAGCAGGCCUGUGACCCAGCCUGGAGCGCCGAUGUGGCAGCCGUGGUCAUGCACGAAGGGUUGGCUCACGUCUGCCUGGUCACUCCAAGCAUGACGCUUACCCGUGCCAAGGUGGAGGUGAACAUCCCCCGCAAGCGGAAAGGGAACUGCAGUCAGCACGACCGGGCCCUGGAGAGGUUUUACGAGCAGGUGGUGCAAGCCAUCCAGCGGCAUAUCAACUUUGAGGUGGUGAAAUGUGUCCUAGUGGCUAGCCCAGGCUUCGUACGGGAGCAGUUUUGUGACUACAUGUUCCAGCAGGCAGUCAAGACUGACAACAAGCUUCUGCUAGAGAACAGGUCCAAGUUCCUACAGGUCCACUCUUCCUCGGGACAUAAAUACGCAUUGAAGGAAGCCCUCUGCGACCCAGCUGUAACUAGCCGUCUCUCUGACACUAAGGCAGCUGGUGAGGUCAAAGCCUUAGAUGACUUCUAUAAAAUGCUGCAGCAUGAGCCUGACCGGGCUUUUUAUGGUCUAAAACAUGUGGAGAAAGCCAAUGAAGCCAUGGCCAUUGAUACCUUGCUAAUCAGUGAUGAACUCUUCCGGCACCAGGAUGUGGCUACACGUGCCCGAUACGUUAAAUUGGUAGAUAGUGUGCGGGAGAACAUGGGUACAGUCCGCAUUUUCUCCAGCCUCCAUGUGUCUGGAGAGCAGCUUGGCCAGCUGACAGGGGUGGCAGCCAUCCUGCGCUUUCCUGUUGCUGAGCUUUCUGACCAGGAAGAUGAAUCUACCUCUGAAGAGGAUUGAUAACAGUGACUUCAUUCUACAGUUUCUUUUCCAAGUCAUGUUGAAAUGACAUUAAAGGCCCUCCCUUCCUACAUACUGUGUGCAGAUGUGCCAUGACAUUUUUUUAAUAUUACUGCUUACAGUAUGUAGUUCUGUUUAGCACACUAGUGUAUACCUGUUCUGUGGUAAAGAUUAUUGGUAUACUGUGCAUUGGAGCUGACUGGUUUUGCGAGUUAUUUUGUGGGCCUCCAGCAGUACAAGAAACUAAUUUGACUUCCCAAAGCUGCUCAUUCUGUAUGUUACGGCAGACUGGCAGCUUAGUGUUUUGGAAUGUGUAUGAAAAGAUAAUAAACUGAGAGGGAGAAAACUAUGUCAGAGUGUCUGAUUCUGUUUAAAUGCUUGAAAACCUUAUUGCAAAACAAAUUUAAACUUCUUCAUCUAAGAUCUAUCAAAACUGUGCUUCAUCUUCUCUUCUUCCUAAAAUCUGGCAAAGGAAUGGGAUCAACAUCAUCUGUUAGGGGAUUUUUUGGUGUUAUGCGUCUAACUACUUAAGCAUUUCUGUGAAACACUUGAAGCAGUGUUUCAGAAACCAGACCCUUUAUAAUUAACCAUUUCCUUUCUAAUAUGAUAGAUAAAUUGUGAAGCUCAGCGUACCCGUUUCAGUUACCUUUCUGAAUGCUGUUAUCUUGGGAGAUUGUCCUGAAGACUAACAAGGUAUGGCAUAUAUUGUCAUGGACUGUGUUCUGAUAAUCAUCAUUGAGACUAUUUAGCGUCCAGUUCAGAGAAGGUACAUGGAAAGGCUUACAAAACCAAGACCCUAUUUUCCAUGAGGAACCUUUUGACAACAAAUAGUUAAGUGAGUGCAUAAUCUGGUAUUUGUGUAUUUGUGUACCUCUUUAAAAAAGUACGUAAGCUGUGAUGCAGAAGGAAGGAUCACAAAUUUAUAAAUCAAAAUUCAGCUUAAGAUAAUGACAUCUGUAAAAAUCAAAAUUACUUUUCCAAUUAGGUGAUCUGCUCGAAGUAUUGAGAGGCGCUGUAAAGCUUUGUUUCUUCACUGGACAAUAAAACAGUUUUUGCUUUCUUA